GACUUAAUAGUUAUAAAGUACAGAACGUUCCCUCUCUCUCCCUAUGUGUUUCAAGCUUCCUACCCUUGAAAACCGCAGUAGUGGUGAGAAAUGGUAAGAAAUGAAAGCAGAAGAUGAGACCCAAUACGGUUUCUUCGGCUCGACGGUGAACCACCAGUGGUUACAUUCAGCAACCUCUAGGCUUUAUCUACUUCCCACAAAUUGCCAAAUGUUGUUUUUUCUUCUAUUUCUUACUAAUUCUUUCGCAACAUUGAAGUGAAUUGUAACGCCACAACCACCACCCGCAGCCUGUUAAAGCCUGGUUCAGCGGUACAUGAUCGUGGUCAGAUCCUGCAAGUGAGGAUAACCACCAUCUACUGCUUGAUUUUGUCUGCAAUGAGCCAUGCUUGUGUCUCCCAAUUCCACAUCCUCCGCCUCAAGGCAGUGACAGCUCUGCCGGUCAGAAGAGAGUGUGUUAGUGGCAUUGCCCGAUCCUGCUCUACCACUAGCUCACUGUUGACAUCUCCAUCGACCCAACUCACCCUUCGUCCUUCCGCACCAGUGGUUGUGGCCACCCACCUAACUCCCUUUAAUGCCCCACAGCGCUCGGAAGAGUGGUUUGCACUCCGCAGGGAUAAGCUGACAACUAGCACCUUCAGCACAGCUCUGGGAUUUUGGAAGGGCAACCGUCGUGCUGAGCUUUGGCAUGAAAAGGUAUUCACAUUGGAUGCUGGAUCCAUUACUGCUGCUGGAAAAGCUGCCAUGGAGUGGGGUGUGUUCAAUGAGUCUGCCGCAAUAGAGCAGUACAAAAGCAUCACAGGUCGUGAGGUUAGUUCCCUUGGGUUUGCAGUGCAUUCAGAGGAGCAGUUCAAAUGGCUUGGUGCCUCUCCAGAUGGGCUUCUAGGAUGUUGUCCUGGGGGUGGGGUCCUGGAGGUGAAGUGCCCAUAUAACAAAGGGAUGCCUGAACUUGCUCUGCCAUGGUCAACUGUGCCUUUCUAUUACAUACCUCAGGUGCAGGGUCAGAUGGAGAUCAUGGAUAGGGAAUGGGUUGAUUUGUAUUGCUGGACUCCAAAUGGGAGUACAAUCUUCCGUGUUUGCCGAGAUCAUGAAUAUUUUGAGCUGAUUCAUGGGAUUCUGUGGGAAUUUUGGUGGGAGAAUGUUAUACCUGCAAGAGAAGCUUUUCUGCUUGGGAAAGAGGAGGAUGCGAAGGCCUACCGGCCAGCUCCCAAGCACAAGCAGACAGGGUUGGUUAUUAGUAAGAGCAUAAAAUUGGCUGCCGAGGCAAAGCUGAUAUGCAGGGACAUUGCUGGCCACACAGAGUUUUACAGGUGAUCGGCCUACAGUACGAGGAUGACAAGUUAAUUCAAUAAUUUAUGUGUCAAUCUGCCUAGAGGCAUUGUGUAUUUAUAGUUCCUCUGGGUUAUGAUUUGUAAGGAUAUGAUAUUCUUUUAUAUGAGCAUAUAUCCCUAUCAAUGUUCUCAA